CUCGUUUGACGAUAGUAAAUGAGUACUAAUAUUUAAUUAUUUUCAUAUUGAGCACCUGCCCUUAAAUCUUAAAUAAAAUCGAGAAGUAACCGUUUCUAAAACACUGCGUUUUUUUAUUAAUCACCAGUGAAGACUGAACAGUGAACCUACAAGGGUACAGGCCACACGACUAUAUCACUAAACUGUAUAAUAUAUGUUAUUGUUAAAGUCGUUAUAAUAACACUUUAACCUAUUUUGUACUGUUCGUUUUAAUAUCGGAGUGUAUUGGCCUAUUAACUAACAUAAGGGUAGGUAAGCAUAUUGUUUGUGUUUGUACGUAUGUUUUUUCUCGAAAUUUUAAUUUUUAAUCCAAAUUCAACGACUUUUAAAUUGUAAAAUUUCGCAUGUUAAAUAACUCACUUAAUAGUUAAAACACCGAGAAAAAACCUACGUACAAAAACAGACAAUGUUCUUACCUUUAAGUUUGAUAAUAGGCUCAUACAUUCUAGUAUUAAAACUAACAGUACACAAUCGGUUUUAUAUCCAAAAAAUAUAAAAUAUAAAUAUAACGACAUUGACCGAUUUUACAACAUAUAAUAUACUAUAUAGGUACUAACUAUAAAGUAUACCACACAGACGAGCAUUAUGUAGAAGAAAUAAUCGCCAAAAAGCUGUUCCACCAUUCUUAUCAGAAAUCCACGAAAUUAUAGUGGCAAGUUUGAUUUUGAAAUUUACUCGUCGACCGUCGUGCAACCUAUAUACCAGUCUUAUCAGUGGCUAUUGGGCGUCGAAAAAUCGAUGCACUUGCUACUUAGUAUUUUAUGGCACAAUAUUAUAGUUAAUAUAUAGCCAUGUAGGUCUGUAGGAGGUACUUUUCCUUUAAUACUUACUAAAAUAUCUAUCGUCGCACAAGACGCUUUGGUUAACAAUCUGUUGUGAGUAAACGCAUUCCGUACAUCAAAGACUGUUACGGGAUGAUAGAACCCGAGAAAUAUGUCACAAUAGUUCCUGUUGAAUAUCCGCGCCAUAGACAACAGUUCAUACGGCCUCCCGAUGAGUACAGGUACCUCAUAUAUGUGACGGUUUUGUUAUGACCAAUAUAAUAAUUGUAUUAAUAGCGUUUUGGUAAUAAAUAGUAGUCAUAUUACGUUCAUGUGUUUAGUGACUUUCCACAAAAUCGUAAUUGGCCGCAUACCAGGGCUGUUAGAACGGAAUCAUCAAGUACGGCAAGGCGAAAAGAAUUAAAAAGGUCCCUGGAGCACAAGAGAGCGCACGCCCAUCAGCAUAAUAUCAUUCCAAAUAUUCAAAUACAGUCCUGUUCCAGGCCCAUAAUCAGUGCUCCGCUCGCAUUCCAGACAGCUCCCAGACCAAAAAAAAAACGUUAGUAUGCAUUCAGUAAGGGUCACGUUGUUAUUAUUAUUAUUAUUAUUAUUGUUUAUUUCUUUGAAAAGUUAAUGGGUCCAAUUGAACAGGUUCGUGUGGGGGCCUAUGAGUUAACAAUAUUUAACAAGGAAACUAAUACAUUCAUAAUAAUAAUUUAAAUUCAACUUUUUUUUACAAUUAAACUUAUUAGAUGAAACUAACUUAAACAUAUGCAAUGUAAGUUUAACAGUAAUUAAUACAUAGACUUAAUGUAUAAUAUAGUAUGAUAAAAUACGAUUGUAUUAAAAUAUGUUGAGUGAGUGCAAUAGCUACACAAUCUCUUCCAAAAUGUUUGUAAUUUUAAUUUGGUUAUUUAUUUGUAUGGCAUGCCAUUUUGAUGGUAUAUAGAAACAAUGCCAACAAAUUACAUAGUUAUUAUACCGUUAUAUAUAUUAGCCUAUCUAAUUCAUAAUUAUAAGUAUGACAGAGUCGCCACCAAUGACCAGUAUCCCUGCUAUAACUGCUUCUUUUUUUAAAUUUCAAAAGCCAUAUGAUCAGUUAAGUUUUGAAAGGUAUACCAUUUAUAUUCAUUUUUCAUGUGGUGAAUUAGGGUAUACCCUGUAUGAAUAGUACAAACAUGCACUAUAUGAUCAUAUACCUUACACUUUUUUAAACAAAAUGUAUGUGAACAGCCUCUACAACGCAUGAUAUUUAAAAAUUAAGCAAUCUAUAUUAUGAAUAAUUUUUAUUGUAUGCCGUUUAUCAAUUAUCUAUAAGUAUUAAGUUAAAACUGUAACAAAUAAGUUAAAUAGGAUUGGUUAUCACCAUUUAUUGGUUGAAUGUUUUAUCAUUUAUGUGAUUAAAAUUUCAUGUUCAUUACAAGUUUUUUAGUGUUAUACCUACCUAUUUAAAAGGUUUUAAAAAUAAAAAACCAAAUACUUUGUUAAAAAUUUUGUAUUAUUUGAAUGUAAUGUUUGUAAUGUAUUCACAUUUUGUCAUUUUUAAUUAGACUUUUUAUUUUCGAUAAUGGAUUCAAUAUCAAAUUAUGUUAGUUUUUUUUUGUUGUACAUUAGAGUGAUAUUAUCAUUUUACAAGCUCCGAUUUAAUAGUACAUAAAUUAUUAAAUUAAAUAUGACCUGUAUAGUUUUUAAUAUUGAGUUACAUAAAUAAAAAGAAGGUAAGAUAAUGGGAACAGGUGCAGCCACUGGUGUAGAUGGAAAGUUGGGAAAGUAUGAUAAAGACAGGAAUUUAAUGUAUACCUGUAGGCAACAAUUAAACAUUGCUUACGGAAAAAUGAUUCUGAGCAGAGUUCAGUUGAUAGUGAUGCUUUGUCAACAAUAUAUAUGUCAUUUUAUAGUAAAGUAAUUAAAUAGGCUUUUAUAUAUUAUAAUAAAAUAUGUUUAAUGUUGUACCAUUUUUCAUAUUUGCUGGGAAAACUAUUGAGAACAUCAAAAAAUGACCUCUUUAAAGUACCCCUCCCUAUUGAAAUUUCCUUUUAAACAUUGCCAUCAUAUAAAUUUAGAGCAAAAUUGUUAGUAGAAAAGUUGUUCACAGAGAAAAAUCUAUAUUUUCCUGUUUUUUCUUACAUUUUUCAGUUAUGCUCAAUUAUUAAAAUACCAAUAUUGAAAAUUAAAAACUGACUUUUUUACUCACCAAUUAGAUUAAAAAUACAACAACAAUGGUCUGUUGUUUUUUUAUUGGAUCAAUAUUUCUGGUGGAAAAUAUAAGUUGUCACAAUAUUUGUUGUUUAAAUUUAUCAAUGAUCAUAUACUAUGUAGUUUUUUUUUUACAGCAUAAAAUGCUUAUUGUUGGUGAUAUUAAUUAUUACAUAAACAUAGAGAGUAUAGGAUAGCUUUAGACUUGGGAAAAUGCUCUUUUCAAAUAUUAAUCCUAAUUUUUCAUUCCAUAUGUUCUUAAAACUGACUGAGCCAAAACUAAGUAUUAGUAAACUUAUAAUGUAUGUAUACCAUAAAUUGGUUUAAUUUUGAAAUUUAAAUUCUGUGUUUUUUUUGUUAGCAAUGGUGUAUUGUAGCUAUUACGGGUAUACAUAAAAUUCUUCCUUUAUCUUCCCAACUUCUCACCUACAACAGUGGCCUACUCACAUGCAUAGUAUGUCAGUAUAUUUUUUUUUAAUAAUACUAGAUUGUUUUUUUUCUUAUAUAGCUCUUGCUGUUUAUAUUUAUACUAUGGCUGAUAUUGUUCUACAUAUGGAUAUUGAAGAUGCAAAUAUUACAACAGUGUCAGACCUGGUUGAUAUAAUUAUACAACAACAAUAUUUAGGACUAUCUCGAGUUGCUAAAAAUAUAUUCACAAUUUGGUUGAGAUCUAAUGUUUUAGGUAUUUAAUAUAAGAUUAUACCUACACUAAAUUUUAAUAAAUGAUAAAUACUAUAGUGAAUAUUCUUUAAUUUUUUUUAAGAAAUUCAGUUGAAACCUCAUCACAAAUUGUUGACAGUUUAUCAAAAGUGGCCUACACUCGAAGAAAAAUAUUGUAUUCAAAAUAAAAAAGUUAUAUUUAAAGAGCCUAUUUUGAGUUUCCAAAGAAAUGUAUUUUUUCCAAGAAAAGAAGAAGAAAAAAUUAAGUUAGAAUAUUUUAGUUAUAUAAUAAAAAUAUAUUCAUUAUAUUUAAAUAUUUUUCAGGGAUCAAAAAAUUAUUGAAUUAUUGUAUGCUGAAGCAAAAUACAAUGUUUUGCAAGGCCGUUACCCAGUUGAAGUUAACCACUGUUUGAUGUUGGCAAGUUUACAGUGCCGUAUAGAAUUGGGGCCAAAUAAUUUAGCACAAUAUACAUCUCAUUUUUUUAGGUAAAAUAAAUAAUUUAAUUGAAUCAAUGUAAUAGAAAGUACAAGAAAGUUUUCAUAUUUAUUAUCAAUAAUUCUAGAGAUAACAGAGAAAGAUUUUUGCCUUCACAUUUGUACAAAAGUUGGUCAUCUUGGUUGAAUCUUAGUAGAAAAAGUUCUCCACAUUCUAGACUUGCUGACCAUAUAAAGCAUAUACAAAUCACUGGAUCUGAUCGAAGACUAUACCAUAAAUAUUUAGAAUGUUGCUACAUGUUGCCAUUCUAUGGGUAAGAAUUGUAUUGUUUAAUAAAAUAUUUGCUUCUAUACUUCACAUGAUGUUCUACACAUAAAUUGUUUUUUUAUUGAAUUAUAUUUUUUCAUUACUUCAUACUUAAUAGUUCUGCUUUCUUUCAUGGACAAAUUGAACAACCUGUUCGAGGACUUAUGUCUUUAAUUAAUCAUAAAGAUGUUCCUAUCAUCGUUGCCAUCAACACAGAAGGGGUUUAUAUACUAGAUUGUGUUGAAAAUGUAAUUCUCAUAAUUACUUGAAAUACUUACUAAUAACCUUUUAAUAACUACAGUAAAACUGGCUUAAGAUGCUCUUUGAGGGACAAGCUCAAAAGAGCAUGUUAUUCUGAAAUUAAAAAAAAAAUCAUUAAAAUAUCAAGUUUAUUUAUUUGUAUUAUUAAAUACAAUUAAACAGAUAAUAUAUAAAUGCAUAUUAUUAUUUAUACAUCAAUACAUAUUAAAUAGAUACAUUUUGGCAAUUACCUUUGGUUGGAAAGAAAAAGUUUAUUUUUACAUGCUUCAGAUUCAGGGUGUGUAUUGCAGCAAGGAAGUUUUCAAAUACUGCACACCUUAAGUCAAAUUUAUUUAAAAUGUUCAGUUUGUCUGAAAUUAAUAGUGCUUUACAUUUUAGUCCAUUCGAACCAUCUAUAACAAAGCAAUAGAUACACAUUCCCAACAAACUGCACUACACUAAACCACAAAAACUGGUUAUUUAAUAAUACGAUAAAAUAAAAAUAAUAAAUAUAAUAAGUACACCUAAAGAAAUUAUUUCCCAAUUACUACAUAAAUUUAUCAUAAAUUGCUGAACAAAAGAGCAGCUUAUCCUAUUAUACAUAGAAAACCUAGUGUCUUAUCAGUUGAUUUUUACAUUAAUUAAUAUAGGUAAUGUUUAGGAACCAUCAAAAUCUUAAGCGAGUUUUACUGUAUAUUUAAAUGAUAAGACUGUAUUAUUAUUAUUUUUAUUUAAUUUUUUUUUUAUUAGUGUUUAUUACUUGGCCUGAAGUAUCAAGAUUUUUCUUGGGAAUUUGCAAAGCCAUCUCAAGAAAACAUAGACAAUUGUUUACCGUGUAUAUUUUUACAAUUUUUGGUAUUAGAAAAUGGAACAAGAGUUUCAAAAAUUUUGCAAGUUUUCACUAAACAAGUAUAUAUUACUUUCUUUGUGUUAUUUUUUAAAACUUGUGUGUAAUCUAGGGUUAAUACACAUUUUAAAAUGACUUUCAAAAAAACAAAUCUAAAAUAAAAACAUUAUUUAAUAUAUAGUAGAAGCUGCUUAUUAAGAACAUGUAUAAUUGAUACAAUUGUGUUAUUGAAACAAAAUAUUAGAAACAAUCUUUAUCUCUAAACAAAAUUGACAUUCACCUCGGUUCCUAAUUAGUAGUUUCUACUGUAAUUAUGGAUCUUUGUUGUUAGGAAAAUUUAUGUAGUAUUUACAUAAAAGUAUAUCUAAAUUUAUUUAUUAUUUUACUUUAUUUUGUUACAAAAAAAAAAAAAUCUAAACAAAAUAUUAAGAAUAUUUUUAAAGAUUAUGAAUUGUUUUCUUUAAUAAGAUUGGGUAAAUAGUAUAUUAAAGCUAUAUAUAUAUAUAUAUAUACAAUAAAUCAUAUUGCUUAUUAGUUUAUUAAAAUCUUAAACAAGUACAUAAAUAAUAAAUUGGUUGUAUUUUAGAUUCUGAGUGUAGCAAAAGAUUCCUUGCUUACAUUCAUAUUGGUUUUAUAAUAGUGUUUAUUUUUUAAAAUUUAUUUUGAACAACUUUUCUAUCAGAAAUUUUACUCUGAUUUUCAAUUAUAACACUUUUCCUGAAAUUAAAUCUAACUGGGCUGAUACUUUAGGUAUGUUAUUUUUUGAUUUUCUUGACAAAUGAGAAAAUAGGAAAAAUGGUACAAAAAUAAACAAAUAUUAUUAUAAAAAAUAUAUAAUGCAUAUGUAAUUAUUUUACCAUAUUAUGACAUAUAUAUAAAUUGUUUAUAAAGUUGUUAAUUGGUGGGUUACAGAUAUACCUUAAUUUUUCUGUCUACAUUCCCAACUUCUCACCUACAACAGUGAUCUAUUCACCUUCAUAGGAAACAUGUUAACUUUUUUUUUUUAAUACUAGUGUGUAAAAAUAUAUUUUGUUUAGAAUAUUAAAAAUAUUACAUAGAGUAUUUCAGAAAAUAAAUAUUGUUAAUUUGUUUUUACUACUAAUAUUUAUAGGAUUUUAAAUAUCUAGGUAAUUUGUAUACUUUUUUAUUUCUAGGCUGUUAUGAUAGAUGCACUUAUUACAUGCUUUGUAGAGGACUUCAGACAAAAAUUGGCUAUGAAUGAUUAUGAUGAUGUUGACAGAACAGGGGGAUUUGAACAUAUUUCCAUUGGAGAUGGUAAUUAUAUAUAAUAUGAUGCCUAUUUAAUUUAUUAUUAUUAAACAUAUUACAUGAUAUUUAGGUUCUCAAAUACCAUUGGCAUAUUUAUAUAGGUGUGAGCCUCAAUCUAGAUUGUGUAAUAAGCUGCAUAAAUUAACAUUGGCUACAUUCGAUGAGGAUGGUAUGAUAUUAUAGGGAUUAAAUUAUUAUUAUUAUUAUUUUAAACAUAUUUUAGCAUGCAUAUUAGCAUAAUUUUUUAAUAAGCCAUUCAUAGCUAAAUAUGUACCAAUAAAUUGUACACAGUCUCAUGCAUGAUUGUUAUACACUAGUAACCAAUUUUAAAAGUGGAAUAAUGUCAAACAACAAAUUAAGUAAGUUUCUGAUCAUAGUAAUUACUUGUGGUUAAUUUGUAUUACUCUAGUGUAGGAUGGUGUUUCAAAAAGAAGCAGUUUUAAUUAAGUUAUUUUAAUUAAAUAAUUUAUAAGUGUACUAGUAAUAAAUAUUAGAGUAAAUUUAUAUGCAGUAGAAUAUUGUAAGUAUAUUAUGUUAAUUGAUUUUUAUUGUCGAUAAUUUCUUAAAAUGUUAAAUAAUAAAAUUAGUUCCCAUUAAUGCUUCAAUUUGUUAGUAUUUCAGUACUUGUAUUUUUUUCUGCUAUAUUUAGAAAAGAACUUUGUUUAACAUUUUAUAUCAAUAUUUUGAGCAGAUUGUGAGUUAUAAAUUGUAAUCUAGCUUUUGGAUGAAUGGUAUAAUUUUUUCUUUUCUUUUUUUUUUGAUUUCUUACUUAAUUUAAAUUUGUUAUUAUUGAAAUGAAAUUCCAUGUUAUGGAUUAAAAUAAUUAACAUCUUUUCAAUUAUAAAUGUAAUUAUUAUGCUGAAUUUUAUUUUUAUGCAUUAAUGUUUAUUAGCAUAAUACCCAGAAUUAAAUUUAAAAUAGUGCCUUUAGAAUUGCUUUAAUUUUAAAUUUAUUUAAAAAAAACAUACCAUGAGAAUAUAUGUAUGCAAUUUUAGUUUUGAAAUGCUAAUAAUACUAUUUUUUUUUUCUUUUUUAGGCCAUUGUAUUGGACAAAUGGGCUCCUGGUCUUUUAGUUACUAAUCAAAAAUUUCUCAUAAUAUUAAAUAUUUAUUAUAUUAUGUAUUUUUAAUUCCUCCUGAUCUCCUUUGUAAUUUUUUUUGUUUAAUUCACAAAUUUUUAGUAUUAGUUUCUUAAUAAUAAAUGAACCUUAGCUAGUCAAUUUUAUUUACUUCUAUGUUGUUUUAAUGUUAAAUAAUAAAUAUAUUUUUUUUUUUAUAUACACACAUUUUUUAAUAAAUAAUGUAAUUGUUAUAAUAAUAUAAUUUGAAAGUCUAGUGAUAAAUUUUAGAUUUUACUUUUUCAUUUGAUUAAUUUUGACAUAAAGUACAAAGCCUUUGUUCAAACUACUCAUUAAUUAAACUUGUGGAAUUUUUUUAGUUAGUAAAUAUAUAAUUUUCAAUACAGGCUUAAUUAGAUAGCAACUUAGUUUUGUUAAACUAGAUAGAAUUUGAGAUUUGUAGUUUUAUAGAAAAUUACUUAUUAUAUGUGUAUGUAUAACUUUCUUUGUAUUUAAUAAAAUAAAGAUAAUUAGUACAUUUAAAAAGUUGUUUAAAUUGUUUUAUUCUUUAUUCAUAGAUAAAAUAAAUCAGAGUU